AAGAAACGGAAGCACUAUGUGGGAGAGAGAGGGAGAGAGAAAAAAAGAAAUAUUCGUAUGAAGUUAGCUAGUGUUAACUUGUGUUAUCGUAGAAAGGACAGGGAAAACGGUGUUUUUUCUGAAGGUAUAACUGUCGUACAUUUUCAUAAGUUAGUCCUCUUGGACUAACUUGUCAAUUUAUCGUUGCGAGAACAGCAGCAAAGUGUCAGCACGGGUAUAAGUUCUAGCAAAUCCAGGAUGGAUCCGGCUCUACUUAGGGAGAGGGAACUGUUCAAGAAGAGAGCUCUUUCCACUCCAGCUGUAGAGAGGAGACAGGCUGCAUCUGACUCUGGAUCGCACAAGAAGAAGAAGCCCAAACUAGAUAAGGAGAGCUCCUCUGGGUCCAAACACAGCUCUGAAUCCAGCAAUGGCAACUUCAACAUCAAGGCAAGCUCUGGGUACAAGUUUGGCUGUCUGGCCAAAAUCGUCAAUUACAUGAAGACGAGACAUCAGAAUGGUGACACACACUUCCUGACCCUCGAUGAGAUUCUGGAUGAGACCAAACUUCUUGAUAUCAGUAUGAAACAGAAACAGUGGCUCGUGACUGAGGCCUUGGUCAACAACCCAAAAAUUGAGGUCCGUGAUGGAACUUACGGUUUCAAGCCCAAGUUCAACCUGAAGGACAAGAAAGCCUUGCUGAGGCUGCUGGACAAACAUGACCAGCUGGGCCUGGGAGGAGUGCUGCUGGACGACGUAGAGGAGGGACUCCCCAAUUCAGCCAAGGCCAUCAAGGCUUUGGGGGAUCAGAUUAUCUUUGUAACACGACCGGACAAGAAAAAGAUCCUGUUCUACAAUGACAAGCAUUGCCAGUUUGUGGUAGAUGAAGAAUUUCAGAAACUUUGGAGGAGUGUUCCAGUCGACUCCAUGGACGAGGAGAAGAUUGAGGAGUACCUGAAAAAACAAGGCAUCUCCUCCAUGCAAGAAACAGGACCAAAGAAAGUGUUACCAGUUCAAAAGAGAAAGAAGCAAGGCGGGCAGAGGAAGAGACACUUCAAGACCCACAAUAACCAUUUGGCAGGAGUUCUGGAGGACUAUACAGAUGGUGUGCCUGCAAAGAAGUGAAAUAACUCACUAAAAUUUAAAGCUCAGGUGUGGCUGGAGAUGGAGUAACAGCCACGCUACAAUACAGCCCUUUCAUGGCUGUUGAGUCAAAGAACCGACUUUUCCUUUACUUACAUUGCCUCCAGUGAUCUUUCAUUACAUGAAGCCAGUAGUAGCUGUGUUGUGGAAUAAUUUUAAGAUUGUUUGAUUAAAAACUGAAAGACACUGGAGGAGUACUGAGGUCAUUAUGGACUGAAUAUCCUUAACAAAACCACAACAGUUAAAAGAAAAGGUAAUGGAAGCUGAAAUGUUUGUAUUUAUUUGAUUAUUUUAAGCAUAAAGCAAAAAAGAUGGUUUAAUUUAGAUGAGCAGCAAGCAGUUGUGGUCUCUUAGAUGAACCUUUCAUACCAAUUUGCUAAAAGCAGCCUCAUCCUGGAUGACACAUCGCAGUCUCACCCAGCAUGAAACGUCCUUCUCUUUACUUAGGGAAUUUUCAGAAUGUUUAAAUACUUUUACUUUGCAUCACCAUGGUACAGUGGUUUAACAUGCUAGUUUUUUUUUAUUAUUUUAAUAAAUUACACUGUUACAUAA